AUUAAAAUCUAAUUAAAAUGCCCGGGGAAAUACUACAGCUUAUUUGGCAAGGAAGUAGCAGAGAAAAGGGCAGAGACCUUUUCAAUGGCAGUGCCAAUCCCCAAUCUCACCGCUCUCCCCAGCAACACCGUGAAACCCGCUGUCAUCUUCACCACCCCACCUAACUAUGCCGCCAGGCUCUCCGAUCUCCUCGCUCUCAAAGGCCACAACCCUCUCUGGUGCCCCACCAUCACCACUUCCCCAACUCCCCAAUCUCUCAUUCCCCACCUUUCCUCACCCUCCCUCUCUCAUUUCUCCGCCGUCGCCUUCCCUUCACGCGCCUCCAUCGCUUCCUUCACCCUAGCUGCCGCCUCUCUCCCUAAACCCCUCCUCCCCUCUCACGGCCCCACAUUCACCCUCGCCGCCUUAGGCAAAGACUCAGAGCUAAUCGACACCCCUUUUAUCUCCCAAAUCUGUUCCAAUUCACAACGGGUUAAACUUUUGGUCCCUCCCACCGCCACCCCCAACAGCUUAGCCUUGUCGCUCGGAGAAGGAUACGGUCGAAAAGUGCUGUGUCCGGUUCCGGAAGUCGUGGGCCUAAACGAACCGCCGGUCGUUCCGAAUUUCCUCGACGAUUUGAAGAGCGGUGGGUGGUUUCCGGUUCGGAUCGACGCGUAUGAGACGAGAUGGUUAGGACCCGAUUGUGCAAUGGCGGUGGUGAAGAAAGGGGAGGAGAAAGGAGGUGAAGUGUACGCCGCCAUUGUUUUUACGAGUAGUGGGGAAGUGGAAGGGUUUUUGAAGAGCUUGAAGGAGUUUGGGUGGGAUUGGGGGACGGUCAGAAGGAGGUGGCCGGGUUUAGUGGUGGCGGCUCAUGGGCCGGUCACGGCGGCGGGGGCGGAGAGGUUGGGUGUGGAUGUUGACAUUGUGAGUUCGGAUUUUGGUAGCUUUCAAGGUGUAGUUGACGCGCUUGAUGUGCGUUUGAGGGCUUUGGGACAUGAAUAAGAUCGCAUGUCAUUUGUUUUUAAUUACCAAGUUGGGUUGGGAAAGUAUAAAGUAAUUCAGUGGAUGGGUAAUUUUGUAAUCAUAAGUAAUUUUAAUUCUCAGUUACAAGAAAUGCUAAUACCUUUAUACAUUGAUACAAUGUAAUUAUAACGUAGUUUUGUAUAACUGUUUAAUUAAAUAAAUUAUAAUUACAAAA